GAGCUCAUUGUAGGGAGGGAUGAGAGUGUGUGUGGUAUGUGCGUGUGUGUGAGUGUGUGUGAGGAGCCCCCUCCUCUCCUUAAACUAGCUGGUCAGCAGCGGAGGGAUUAGUGAAGCCAGCUCCACUCACACUGAACUCACAGACGGCGGCGGGGGUUAGAUUGCAACAAGCGGUGAAUCAUGCUCGUCGUCAUUACUACCGACUGGGAGUGGAGCCGAAAUUGUGCAAGAUACGGAUAACAGCGAGGAAAGGGUCCGUGUGGAUCGACUCAAGUUUCCAGGUCCUCUCUCAUAUUUUAAUUUUUUUUUUGCCGUGAAAAUGCCUCAUCAGGAGCUGAGCUGCUCCUGCUCCUCCUGCUCCUCCUGCUCCUGCUGCUGCGGCUGCUGCUGCUGCUCGGACCCGACGCUUUCUGCUGCCUCCCUCACAUGUGCUUUAUGUUGAACAAGAAGAAGAAGAAGGAGAAGGAGAAGAAGUGAGCAAGGAGAAAAGCUGAAAAAAAAGGAGAGGAGCCUCAAAACAAAAACAAACCAAAGAGGAGGAUAUUUCUAUUUUUUUCGCCGUGCGGAGAUUUUCUUCUCAAAAAGAGGAGAGGUGGUGGGGGGUGAAAAGUUGUACUUGUUGGUCAAAAAGAGGAGGAAACAUGGGGAACGCAGGGAGCAUGGACCAACACACUGAUUUCAGAGGACACAACAUGCCUCUGAAACUACCCAUGCCCGAGCAAAGUGAGCUGGAGGAGAGAUUUGCAACCGUUUUGAACUCGAUGAAUCUUCCUCCGGACAAAGCACGACUGUUGCGGCAGUAUGACAACGAGAAGAAGUGGGAACUCAUCUGCGAUCAGGAGCGCUUCCAAGUGAAAAACCCGCCGCACACGUACCUCCAAAAGCUGAGGAGUUAUCUAGAUCCAGCAGUCACAAGGAAGAAAUUCAGACGAAGAGUUCAGGAGUCCACCCAAGUCCUGAGAGAACUGGAAAUUUCGUUACGGACCAAUCAUAUAGGGUGGGUGAGGGAGUUCCUAAAUGAGGAGAACAAAGGCCUGGACGUGCUGGUGGAGUAUCUUUCUUUUGCACAGUAUGCCGUCACGUUUGAUGGCGAUUGUGUGGAGAACAACCCAGAGGCUGUGAUAGAUAAAUCUAAGCCCUGGAGCCGCUCUAUAGAAGAUCUACAUGGAGGAAGCACCCUGCCAUCUCCCAUCACUGGGAACGGCAUCACGCGUGCCGGGCGUCAUUCCACGUUACGUUGCAACACGCUGCCGAGCCGGAGAACCUUGAAAAACUCCAGACUGGUCUGCAAGAAAGACGACGUCCACGUCUGCAUCAUGUGCCUGCGUGCUAUCAUGAACUACCAGUAUGGCUUCAACAUGGUGAUGUCACACCCACAUGCUGUGAAUGAAAUUGCACUAAGUCUCAACAAUAAAAACCCACGAACUAAAGCUCUGGUCUUGGAGCUCCUGGCGGCAGUUUGUCUCGUGAGAGGAGGCCAUGAAAUUAUUCUCUCUGCGUUCGACAACUUUAAGGAGGUGUGUAUGGAGAUGCAGCGGUUCGAGAGGCUAAUGGAGUAUUUCAAGAACGAGGACAACAACAUCGACUUCAUGGUGGCCUGUAUGCAGUUCAUCAACAUAGUCGUGCACUCGGUGGAGGAUAUGAACUUCAGAGUUCAUCUACAGUUCGACUUCACCAAGCUGUGUCUGGACGACUACUUAGACAAACUAAAGCACACAGAGAGCGAUAAGCUGCAGGUCCAGAUCCAGGCCUACUUGGAUAAUGUCUUUGACGUGGGAGCCCUUCUGGAGGAUGCAGAAACCAAAAACGCUGCCCUGGAGCGCGUUGAGGAGCUGGAGGAGAAUAUGUCACAUAUGACGGAGAAGCUGCAGGACAUGGAGAAUGAGGCCAUGUCCAAGAUCGUGGAGCUGGAGAAGCAGCUGAUGCAAAGGAACAAGGAUCUUGAAUCCAUCAGGGAAGUCUACAAAGACACCAGCUCGCAGGUUCACUCGCUGCGGCAGAUGUUGAAGGAGAAGGACGAGGCCAUCCAGCGACAGAGUAAACUGGAGAAGAAGAUCCACGAACUGGAGAAACAAGGCACCAUCAAGAUCCACAAGAAGGGAGACGGAGACAUUUCCAUCCUGCCAUCGCCACCCUCUUGUGCGGAGGGCUUGCCGGGUGGCAUGAUGGUGGGAGGAAACGGUGCUCCUGUCGGUCCGUACCACAUGGGAGUUGUAGCGGGUGCGCCCGCUCCACCACCACCGCCUCCGCCGCCGCCUCCACUGCCUGUGAAUGGCAUAUUGUCAAACGGACCAUCAUCGGUCAUACCUGCAGCAGCUCCACCACCUCCGCCGCCUCCCCCUCCACCUCCACCUCCGCCUCCUCCUCCAGGGCCAGCCUCGGCGUUCUCAGCGCCUCCGCCUCCUCCGCUUCCUCCUGUAGCUCCCCCGCUGCCCGGCUGUGGGACCCCCACUGUCAUCAUGAACUCUGGGUUAGCAGAGGGACCCAUCAAACUUUUCUCUGUUAAGAUCAAGAAACCCAUCAAGACAAAGUUCCGUAUGCCUGUCUUCAACUGGGUAGCCUUGAAACCAAACCAGAUCAACGGGACUGUCUUCAAUGAGAUUGAUGACGAGAGGAUACUCGAGGACCUGAACGUGGACGAGUUCGAGGAGAUGUUCAAGACGAAGGCCCAGGGCCCGGCAAUCGACCUCAACAUGAGCAAGCAGAAGGUCAUUCAGAAGGGGCCCAGCAAGGUGACGCUACUGGACUCCAACAGAGCAAAGAACCUGGCCAUCACACUGAGGAAAGUGGGCAAGACUCCUGAGGAGAUCAGCAAGGCCAUUCAGAUCUUUGACCUACGAACUCUGCCGGUGGACUUUGUGGAGUGUCUGAUGCGCUUCCAGCCCACAGAGAACGAGAUUAAAGUCCUGCGGCAGUUUGAGAAGGAGCGCAAGCCGCUGGAGAGCCUGACCGAUGAGGACCGCUUCAUGAUGCAGUUCAGUAAAAUCGAGAGGCUCAUGCAGAAGAUGACCAUCAUGGCGUUCAUCGGCAACUUCACCGAGAGCGUGCAGAUGCUCACGCCGCAACUUCAUGCCGUCAUCGCUGCAUCGGUGUCCAUCAAGUCAUCGCAGAAGCUAAAGAAAAUCCUCGAGAUUAUCUUGGCGCUUGGUAACUACAUGAACAGCAGCAAAAGAGGAGCGGUGUACGGAUUCAAACUGCAGAGUUUAGACUUGCUACUUGAUACCAAGUCGACAGACCGUAAGUUAACGCUGUUACACUACAUAGCCAAUGUGGUGAAGGAGAAAUACGCGCAGGUUUCUCUCUUCUACAACGAGCUGCACUACGUGGAGAAAGCUGCAGCAGUGUCGCUGGAGAACGUUCUGCUGGAUGUCAAGGAGCUGAACAGAGGCAUGGAGCUGACCAAAAGAGAGUACAGCAUGCACGGCCACAACACCAUGCUCAAAGACUUCAUCGCACACAAUGAGAGCAAGCUGAAGAAGCUGCAGGAUGAUGCCAAGAUUGCACAGGACGCCUUUGACGAGGCAGUGAAAUUCUUCGGGGAGAACUCCAAAACGACGCCGCCCUCCGUCUUCUUCCCCGUGUUUGUGCGAUUUGUUAAAGCUUACAGGCAAGCGGAGGAGGACAAUGAGCAGAGAAAGAGACAGGAGCAGAUUCUGAUGGAGAAACUUCUGGAACAGGAGGCCAUGAUGGAGGAAGACCAGAAGUCUCCAUCUCAUAAGAACAAGCGGCAGCAGCAAGAGCUGAUCCAGGAGCUCAGGAGGAAACAGGUGAAAGACAGCCGCCACGUCUACGAAGGCAAAGACGGAGCGAUUGAGGACAUCAUCACGGCCUUAAAGAAGAAUAAUAUUACUAAAUUUCCCAAUGUCCACUCGAGGGUAAGGAACUCCUCCAGUAGCACCCCUGUAGUGGUGGAUGUGUCCCAAACCUGAUUUGAGGAAUCAGCCUUACAGGCGAGCGGACGCUGUGCGGCGGAGCGUCAGGAGACGCUUUGAUGAUCAGAACCUGCGGCCGGUGAACAACGGCGAAGUGGUCAUGUGACGAGGGAAACAGUGCAUGUGCUCGGGGGGGUAAAGGGGGGUAAAGAUGGAGAGGAUGUGUAAAGUAGGGAGGGAGAGACGGGAUGCAGAUUGAAGGACGAUAAGUGAAAGAGUGCUGUAGCAACCAUAGAGAUGAGUAUGUAUAUAUAUUACAUAAGAAUACACGUUAUUCCAUGUCUGUGGUAUAGUAGCUUUUAACUAUGAAGGACUGGGACAUGUAUGGGACUGAAUUUAAAGUGUCUGAAAGGUUGAUUCACAAACCUUAGACAAGCCAAGUGCCUGAACUUAUAUUUGUGGGCUAACUGUCAUGCUGUCUGAUGGCUGUUUUUUUUUUACUAUUCCCCCACUUUAAGCAAUACAACUUGACCUGGCUUUAAUUGUAAAAGGUGUGUAAAAGUGGACUUGCGGUGGCCUUAAGAGCCACGUAAAGAGAGAUGCUUCCUCUGGAAACAUAACGUAGAAUGUAUGGGACGCGUUCCCUUUAGCUGUUACAAAUAUUCCAUCUUUGAAGUGUUGAGUUUGACACUGUAGUAUCUUGGUACAUUCCAGCGCUCUUUGUCUCCCCCAUUCCUUGUAUCAUACAGACGUGCUCAACCUGCACUUUCUUUUUGUACAUCUCAUGAGGCUUUUCAGCUUUGACUUUAAAAAAAGAAAAAAGAAAAAAAAAGGGCUGCUGAUCAAGGCACGGAGAUCAGAAACUCUAUAUUUGUAGUAAAGUAAGGAUGAUGAAGAAAAAAAGACAGUCAUUCAUGUCAAAACAAGACCGGGCUAAUGCGAAUUGUAUAUAUCAGGCAUCUUCGCACCGGAUCAAGCCUGAAUUUGUAGCUCUAAAUCAAACAGAAGUAGGCUCUCCUAUUCACAAAAAGAAAAAAAAGUCUACCGUCCAUUUAAAAAAUGUAAAUGUUGCAUUUUUGUAGCAGCACAGCAAUUGGUUUGGUUUCUGGGAACAAAUAAAAACAGAGUAAACAAGCCUGUAAAGCAACACGAAAUCCAUUUUUUCUACCACACGUAGAAACCACAUGAAAGAUACUGAACCCUACUGGACGAUCUCAUUGUCAAAACUGGAUAUAACUUUGCAUUACAUCUCUGUCACCUUUUUUUUUUUUUUGUUGCUGUUGUUGUUUUUACAAAUUAAUUAUCUUCCAGGCUACUGUGUCUACUCACUUUAUUGUAAUUUUAAUGUAUAGUAUUUAACCACUGAAAGGAUUUCCUUUAAGCUCAUGUUCUCAUCUAAAUGUGGGUCAUUUUAAAAACAUGGCAAAACAAAGUACACAAAAAAAAAGCUCCAUAAAUGUACAGAUAUUUUGCUACAAACCAUGUUUUUUUUUCUUAAUUCCCAUUACCAGAUGGUUAAUAUUGUACAUAUUGUUUAAACAAAAAAGUUUUCAUUGCCUUGUGCUAUACAACUUGAAUGUUAUUUUAACUUAUAGUUUUUGUUUUCCUUUUUUUUUUUGUAUAUUUAAUUAAGCCAAAUGAAUCUACAGUAGUGCGUUGAAUCAUUCGUUAAUGUCUCACAGCAGGAGGCAGCGGAUCACUGACUUUUGUCUGCGGGUGUGUCACAGAGACGCCGAAGCCAGCUACAAAAAACACGCAACACGCGUGUGAUGUGGAAGCGUUUGAACAGAUUUAAAACUCUUAAAUCAAACAUUGUAUCUAAUAAAAACUAGUUUUCCACUGGUUGACCUGUGGUUCGCUGGUUUUGUGGCUCUGUGAUACACCCUCCUGUAAUUAUCUCCACUGAAGCACGUGCUGCCGUUCAUCUCUUCUCUCUCUUUCAACUUCUGUAAUAUUUUGUUUUCAUGUAAUAAUUUCUCUAACUGGAUAAUACUGGCAUGUUUUUAUUUUGUUUGUUUUUUUGUUACUUUUCACCAGAAAUGUAUUUUAGGCAGUUUGUGCUUAUUACAAAAUAACAAGCUUUU